AUGAGACUCGUCGCCGCUGCCUCUCUGGCCUUGGCCUCGCUGGCCGCGGGCCAGAGCCUCGCAGAUCUCCCCGACUGCUCGCUCCCCUGUAUCAACGAGGCCGUGAGGCAGGGCACCGCGUGCUCGGCAACUGAUCUGGCCUGCGUCUGCGACCAAUUCGACGCCAUCCAGGGCGCUGCUGCCGGUUGUAUCCUGCAGGCUUGUGGCCAGGACAUCGCGCUGAACCAAGUUCUUCCCGACACCGAGAAGCUUUGUGCCCAGGCUGGCGGCAGCAGCAGCAGCAGUGCCGGCAAGUCUAGACCAACGCCGACGAAACGCCCAGGUCAAAGUGCGUCUGUCGCCACCGUGCCUCCUCCCGCCAUGACGGCAGAGCCCUCGUCGACCGGUGCGCCAACCGCUCCUCCUGUCGUCACCGCUGGGGCGGCUGUCCUUGUGCCUGUGGGAGGAUUGGCCAUGUUGGCAGCAGCCGCGGCUCUUGCUCUGUGA